AUGACGGCUGCGUCGUCAAUAGCCUCCAAGCCGUCGCUGCUUGGUGAGUGCGUGGUGUAUCUCGGCGUGCUCAACUACUUCUUUACCGUGGACGAGUCGACUCCAAUCGUGUCGAAGAUCGGCACGGAAAUAGGCCGCCUGCAGCUCUGUAUCACCCCAUACGUCACAGCAGUCCAGGUUCCAGCACACUUGGAGGGCGAGUUCGUGCCAUACACACGCACAGAUGUAGACAGCCCCGAGGAGCAGAUCCACGAGUUCAUGGACCGCUCUGUGCAGUACCGUGUGCAGCUCAGCGAACUCAGCCACCUCACGCCGCAGCGAUUCUCUCAUGUCUCGGUGAGGUACACCUUUUUUCGUGAGACCAGCACGCAAACGCCGCGGUUCCACGUCGACUCGGACGGUGACUCGGUCCCGCUUGACCUCGAAUUCCGACACGUCGUGGACGUCAGCGAUGCCUUGGUCAAAUACGUGGCCGGCAGUAAUCUUUCCAUUGAGAUUCUCGGUCACAUGAGCGAGUGA